UAUAUGAAGAAAAGAGAGAGAGUUUCUUCCGACCUCAAGUCUCGUCUUCCGCCGCACUGUUUGCUCUCUCACAAAUACCAAAUUUCACAAAACAAUUAAACAAAUUCAGAUCGAUAUUAAUUACCAAUUCUUUUGCCAUUUUUUCCCCUCAAUUCUUCCUAGUUUAUUCGAGUUACUAAGUAAUUCCGGCCAUUUCUGAAGAUAAGAUUGCAAAAUUGAACUCCAUUAUCGUUUUACUGAACCAUCCGGCGUUGGAACUUCAUCUGAACUGUUGACAGAUCUUUAGAAUUUCGUUGUGGUGGAGGAUUCGCCUUCGGUAGAAGAAUUCGUUUCUCCGGAAUUUGAUGAUCGGAAGUGAAUUUUCUCGAGAAACGAGUAGAAUUCGGGAAUCGUGCGAAAAGUCUAUACCUAAUGCGAGUUAAAGAAAUUAACCCUAGCUUUGUCGUAAAGAGACUGAGAACGCUUCGUCUUGGAGAUCUCCAGCAGCUGGAGACUUACUCCAGAAUUUUGGUAAUUGGCUGCUUUCCAUGCCUGGAGUGGAUCUAAGAAUUAAUUCCAGUAUUUUCUUGCUCUAUCUUGCUCUGAAUUUCAUAAACCACUGCUACCAUCUCCGAAGCGUUACAAAUCCAAAUUCCGCGAGAAUUAUUCAAAUUCCAGUUGUGGACUUUCAAUUCCAAAAUUGGCGAAAAUUCCGAUGGAACUUCCUCAACCUCGUCCGUUUGGAGCCGAAGGAAGCAAAUCAACACACGACUUCCUCUCACUGUAUACACAUUCAAGUCCACAGCUAGAUCCAAGAUCAACAGCACAAGGUAGUUAUCUUAAAACACACGAUUUCCUACAACCACAAGAGCGCAUAAGGAAGGCCAGUACAAAGGAAGAGGCGGAUGUGGAGAGGCCACCGCCACCUGCACCACCACCCUCCGUCGAGCAUCUUCUCCCGGGAGGAAUCGGGACUUAUAGUAUAAGUCACGUUUCAUAUUUUGACCAGAGGGUGGUUCUGCCGAAGCCUGAAGGUUCGGUUUUCACUGGUGUUCGAUCGAGUAGCAGCGCCGAGAGAAAUGAUGAGAACUCCAACGGCAGUUCUUUCGCAGCGGCCGGAAGUGGAUUCACUCUUUGGGAAGAAUGUUCAGUGAAAAAGGGAAAGACAGGGAAGGAGAAUAAUGUGGGAGAUAGACCCCAUGAACCUCGAGCGAGCACCAGCCAAUGGACGGCGUCCAUGGAGCGGCCGUCGCAAUCUUCUUCGAACAACCAUCACAACACUUUCAGUUGUCUCUCAUCGUCUCAGCCGACAGGAACCAAGAACCCGACUUUCAUGGAGAUGCUAAAGUCCGCCCAGAGUACCUCUCAGGAUGAGGAACUUGAUGACGACGGUGAUUUUGUAAUCAAGAAAGAAACCUCUACCGCCAAUAAAGGUGGAUUGAGGAUUAAAGUUGAUGGAAAUAGCUCGGAUCAAAAGGCGAAUACUCCAAGAUCAAAGCACUCUGCAACAGAGCAGCGAAGAAGAAGCAAGAUAAACGACAGAUUUCAGAUGCUUAGAGGCCUCAUUCCUCAUAGUGAUCAAAAGAGGGACAAGGCAUCUUUCUUGUUAGAGGUAGUGGAGUACAUUCAAUUCUUACAGGAAAAGGUCCAGAAGUAUGAAGGUUCAUACCAAGAAUGGAAUCAGGAAAUGGCAAAACUGGUGCCGUUGAGAAACAAUCAACGGAGUGCAGAUGUUUAUAACGAUCAACCACGAGGGAUAAGUAGUGGUUCUGUUCCUGCACUAGUUUUAGCAGCAAAGUUCAUCGAGAAAAAUUCUCCGUUAUCUCCAAUUGUUCCUGGGAGUUCGCAUAAUGCGGUAGAUUCUGACACAAGUUCUGCUUCUACCUUGAAAGCAGUUGAUCACCAUUCUGGAAGAACAAGCAAUGCAUUACCAUUUCCCAUGUCGAUGCCGCCAAAACUUUCUGCAUCUACAAGGGAUGGAAAUUUAGUUCCUCAACCCCCAAAGCAAUUGUCAUCUGGAACGGAUCACUCCUCAUUACGCCCUGAAAUCCGGUCAUGUGAGGCCAGAUGCUACAAUAGUGAUGUUGCUGUCGCAAGUGAAAUGCAGAAAGAACAAGAUUUGACCAUUGAAGGGGGUACCAUUAACAUCUCUAGUAUAUAUUCUCAAGGGUUAUUAAAUACUCUCACCCACGCAUUACAAAGUUCCGGAGUGGAUCUAUCGCAAGCCAGAAUCUCUGUCCAAAUAGAACUCGGCAAGCGAGCAACUAGACGAGCCAUAUCUCCAGCAUCCAUUGUUAAGGAUGUAAACGACAUGGGAACAAUGCACGCUAGAGUUUCGGCCACAGAGGAUUCCGAGAGAGCCACAAAGAAGCUGAAGACUACAAUGAAAAACUAGUGUGAGAAUUCCCAGUCUUUUGACGAUCUUUCAUAAAUUUAUUCAUUUUUUUUGGUUGGGGGGCUUCUCUUCCUUUUUUGGGGGCUCCCUUCCCAUGUAUCUUCCCACUAAGUUCCAAAAACUACACAACUAUCCAUAAUUUAUGUCUAGUUUAAAUUCAUUUUGCUGGGGAUAUACCUAAACCUACCUACCCUACACAAUGGUAUAAUAUAUAUAUAUAUAUAUAUAUAUAAUAUAUGUAACAUUAAACCUAAACUUCUUCUCUCUCUCUCUCUCCCCCCCCUAUUCUUAUAAUUGAGGCUUCCACCCUAACAUUGAGAAGCCGCUUUUUCUUUAUCCUAAAGUCUUCCUCUUGUGUAAAUCAUAAUUAAGCCUUCUCCUUCAAACAUGUUUCUUUCA